AUGGCGAACGACGAUCCGGCAAAGGGCAUGCGGAGAGCUCGAAGGUCAGCUGAUGACGAAGAAGAACAAAGUGACAACGAACAGGAAGAAGUCGAGGUCUAUGACAGUGGUGAAGAAGCAGAAGAAUGCAAUGAGGAAGAAGACGGUGGCGAAUAUGAUGAGGGUGAGCCCAUUGUCUUGUACGUUGUGCCUCCCUCAUUGCAAGUAGAUGGCGAUGGCGGUGAAGGAGAAGAAGAAGGAGAAGAGGGUGAUUAUGAAGGAGUAGAGGACGAAGAAGAGGAGGGAGACGAAGAAGAGGAGGGAGAUGAGGACAAAGAAGACGAAGACGAAGACUCCGAGCAACAUGAAAAGCGGGACGACGGCAAAAGGCUCGAACCAUUUGAAGUUCCUAAAUCAGGCCGAUUUUUCCUCCAUGACGAUCGUACCGAGGGCAGUCCAGCCGAAGAUCCUCGUGAAGAAACCAGGCCACGCAAAAAGUUGUGGUCCGAGAACGAGGGGAAAUGGGGCCAUGAUAAAUUCGAACAACUCGUCCAGGAGGAAGAGGCAGAAAGCAGGAGAAGUGUUGCCAGAAGGGGUAGAGGCGGACGUGGUGGGCGUGGUGGAGAACGGAUGAUGCCCAGGCCGGAACCGCAGCCUAGAGAGCAACCUAUCCUUGGUCGAGGCGGUCGAGGGAACAAAGCAGGAGGAGCUGUUGGCAUGCCGGGGGGACGAGGAACAGCUCCGAGGACCUUGAGUAAAGCGCCCGAGAACGGAUCCCCUCGCAUGGGAAGGGGCCGCGGUCGUGAAAUGAACGAACCAAUUCGUGGUAACGCCAUGGGUAGAGGUGGAGAGAUGGGCCGACCGCGCGAGAGAGGAGUUCCGCAGAAGCAUGUCGCCGCUCGACCGCAGCCAUCUCAACACGAUGACGAUGACGAGGACGAUGACCCCAACGAUCCCUUCCCUGCGCUCACUGCCAAGGCAGGAGGUGCCAGGAGAGGUCGCGGUGGACACCAGACUGUCACUGUAGAUCUUCGUGGAUCCGGACGCGGUGGUGUCAAACCCAUGCAAGGUCGACCAGACAUGCGACGAGUCGAGGAGGACGACUAUUACAAUGCUGUUGUGCCGGAUCGUAAUGUCAACAGGCCAAGUGGCCGUCGUGCUCGUGGAAACGAGCAAGUGAUGAUGGCGCAACAGCAACACAAUGCCAACAUGAAUGCAAUGUCACCUUCCCUUGCUAUGGCACCUCAGUUCACUCCGAAUGCAAUCGGUGGCAAUAUGAGCAUGAACCAGCAACAACAGAUGCAGCAGAUGCAACCAGGAGCUCCGCAGCAGCAGCAAUGGGCCCCCGAGUACGCACAGCAAUGGCCUCAACAGUUUCAAUCUCCCGGUGCCCAGCCGCAGUAUUACAUGGUGAUGCAGGGUACCGACGGGCAAGCACAGGGAGCAUACUUCUUUCCUGCACCCGCACAGCCUACUGCAGUGCCAAUAACGCAAUUUCAGUAUCAGCAGACUGUACAGCAGACUCUUCCCCCUCAAAUGGCGAACCAAUUGGCUGGCUCCUUACCAACAGGGGCGAUGCCCUUCACCCCCUCUGUUGUGGCACCGCAGCCCAACGUGGGUGCAAAGCCGUCGUCCAGAAGAUACACUCAGAUGACUUUCGGCAACCAGCAGAUCAUUGCGGCCAACGACGCCGGAGCGCCAGAGGGGCACUAG